AGUGAACUGAAAGCUUCCGGAACAGAAACGUUCAUGUGCAUUGCGACGACGUAUGUGUAACUAAUCUGUGGUAAUAACGAACUCGCAAGUACAGUAGUUUAUUUUAUGAACUGAUAGGAAGAACAAACAUGGCGCUUGAUUUGAACAAAACAGAUCUAUAUCGUUUGCUCGGAGUUGGAGAAGAUGCCACCGAAAAGGAAAUGGUGAAAGCUUACAGAAAGACAGCCUUGAAAUGCCAUCCUGAUAAAAACCCGGACAAUCCAGACGCGGCCAAUGAGUUUCAGAGACUUUCUAAAGCACUCGAGAUCCUCUGUGAUGUUGCGGCAAGAGCUGCCUAUGAUAAGACCAGAAAAGCCAAGAAAGCGGCCGAGGAACGACACAAAGUUCUUGACAGCAAGAGAAAAAAGUUCAAAGAAGAUUUGGAAGCGAGAGAACGAGCGUUUCAAGAUCAGAAAUCAGAUGAUUUUCGGGCGCAGAGAAAUUUAGAAGCAGAAAUAGAACGAUUAAGAAAACAGGGCUCUUCGCUUCUUGAACAAGAGCAAGAAUAUUUGAAGGAACAGUUAAAAAAGGAUAGAGAAGAAGCGAUAAAGAAUAUACCGAAGAACAAGAACAAGGAGGAAGAGCCAUCAGCUGUUUCACCCAAACUAAAAGUUACAUGGACAGCAGAGAAGACUGAUAACAGCAACGGUGGAUAUUCACAUGGAAUGUUGCGUGCUAUGUUAGGAAAAUAUGGAGAAGUGAGUGCUCUUGUUAUUUCAGGGAACAAGAAAGGACGUGCUAUAGUUGAGUAUAAAUCUCCCAGAUCGGCAGAUAUGGCUUUUAGGAAUGAAUGUGGUUUGCGAGAGAAUCCAUUAACUCUGAAAUGGUUAUCUGGUAAACCAGAAACACCGACUUACGAGACUGUGAAUCAGUCAUACAGUGAUGCAAACCCUCAAAUUCCUUCAUUUCCCACAGAAAGUGAUAGUGUUACUUUCACAACGGUUCCUGAAAAAAACACGCACGCAAGUUGUUUACCCAAGACAAGCCAUGAGAGAGAUUUUGAAAGCUUAGUUUUAAUGAAGAUGCGCCAAGCAGAGGAGAGAAAGAGACUUAUUGAACAGAUGCAAAGAGAAGACGAAGAAUCAUGAUAUGUUAAAAAGACAUUGAUUCAUUGUGAAAAAAGUUAUGAUACUGAGAGUAGUGAAGAAAAUGCAACAAGUGCAAGAACAUGUUUACAAGGUAAACAGGGAGAAAAGAAGAGGUGUGUAGAUUUGAUCAUAUUGAUCCCACAUGUUCAUGAUAUACAUGAUAUAAGCGUUCCAAGCAGUACUGAUGGUAAUCCUCCAGAAUGUGGGUUUUGGUAUUUUAAGGUGUCCACACUAAUGAGGUUCACUGGACAUGAUAUCUGCUGGACAUGGUCUCAGGUAUUUUUUUGUAUUUUUUUAACCUGGGUGAAUAAUUCCAUCAACAUAAUACUGUCAAGUCUCAUUAAUCCGACACUUGUUAAUCCAACAAUAGUCUCUACCUGACACAAAUGAUGGGAACCGACUAAAUCAGUGCUGUUUUGACCCGUUAAUCCAACAGUCUUGCACUCGGACUCCGACACACCUAAUUUGCAAUGAACUGCUUAAAUCACUAUAAUCAGUCUUGUUAAUCCGACGCAGUGAUCAGCGUACUCUGUGGUCAUCUGCCAGCGAGUACACAGCCCCGUGUUUUGAUGCGAGACGAGUCAGCGAAUAGCUGCAUAUUUCAAGGGGUGCAGAGAUAAACUUGCUGAACAAUAAACAAUUACUGCUUUAAGUCAACAAAACAGAAUUUGAAUCAUAAUGUAUCAUAUAGUUGUCCAAUUUUCAAUCACGAAUGUUGAUACUACCUAAUUUCGUUUAUCAAACAUACUCGUUAAUCCGACAUAAUCAUGUGCAUUAUGUGCAACGGACAAUCUCAGAUUAACGGGACUUGACUGUACAUUACCAAACAUCAAGGAGUUUUACAUGGCACAUGAAGUUAGAUAUUGAAUUCAGAUUUCCAUGCAGUUUUUACAUGUUCAUGUUAUCACUUUAAGAAUAAGUUUUAGAUGUAUUUCUGUCAGACUGAAAAUUGUUUCAUGUUUCAAAUUUGGCUAUGAACAGUGAACAUGGUGAAUAAAUCUGUUUAAAGGUUGA